AUGGGGUUAGUCAUAUUACAUGUUCAAUGGAUUAUGUUGUCCAAUCAAUUUACCGUUUUUGUUACAAAACAUAUUGUAUCACCAAAUUUGAAAGAACAUAUCUUUAGAAUUACAGUUGAAACUUUUGAUGAAACACUAUUAUCUCAAUUAAGACAAAAACAUGAGUUCGAACCUUUAAAGAGUAUGAAGUAUGAUCCUACUUUACAAAUAUAUGUAAGAGGAGCUGAGAUGAUUAGAUCUUUCCUUUGGAAAUCUAUAUUAUUUACAAUAUCAUUAGUACCUAUUCUGGGACCUUUAUUAAAUAAUCAGUUGUCCUCAGUUAAGAGAAGUUUUUCCUUAGUACAAUAUUAUCUUUGUAAUAUGAAAAAUCUCAAUCGUGAACAGGCGAUGCAAUAUAAAUAUAAACAUUUGAUAUCAUUCAUAUAUAUGGGGAUGUCCACAGGCGUGUUAGAGAUGUUACCGAUAUUUUCUGUCUUCACAAUGAUUGGUAACGUUGUUGGUGCAGCCUUAUGGAGUAUAGAACAUUUGGCUGAACAAGAUAAAAUACGUUCUAAACAACAAUAA